UUAUCUUCCUUUCCUUCCGGUUUUGCUGUCCUUCAAAACAGGAUCUUCUUCUUCACCUUUACCCUCACUAUAACCUUCGUUUUAUGCUGUGAGAUCAGUUUCUUCUACCAUGGCUAGCCAAUCGAUCAAGAACUACAAAUCCGUGCAUGAGUUCACCGUCAAGGAUGCUAGGGGAAAUGAUGUGGAUCUUAGCAUUUAUAAGGGAAAGGUUCUGUUGAUUGUUAAUGUUGCUUCCCAAUGUGGUUUGACUAAUUCGAACUACACGGAGCUGAGUCAGGUGUAUGAGAAGUACAAGGACAAAGGCCUAGAGAUACUGGCAUUUCCAUGCAAUCAGUUUGGUGGGCAAGAACCAGGUACUAAUGAUCAGAUCAUGGAGUUCGCUUGCACUCGCUUCAAAGCUGAGUAUCCAAUCUUUGACAAGGUUGAUGUUAAUGGUGACAAUGCUGCUUCAAUCUACAAGUUCUUGAAGUCGAGAAAAGGGGGUAUAUUUGGAGGCGGCAUCAAAUGGAACUUUUCGAAGUUCCUGGUUGACAAGGACGGAAAUGUGGUUGACCGUUACGCGCCUACCACUUCUCCUCUUAGCAUUGAGAAGAGUAUAAAGAAGUUAUUGGGCGUCUCUUAGGAGCUGAGAUGGGGAAGCAUGUUAUUCCAUUUCCAUGUUGAUUAAUAAAGAUCUGCAAAUAAUCAUAAACGAAUCUAUGUUUCUGAGAUUGUGAUUAUAUAAAUAUAGAGCUGUAAAAAAACCAUGUCAUUUAUUUAGGGGACGGGUUUUAUUAAUACAUUAUAUCCCUGUUAUUGGGGUUUGAAAAGAAUGUGAGGUAUUUGUGACAUGAUGAGAUCCAAAGAUAAAAUUACUAUGGUUGAUAUCUCAGGUUCUUGUGAUCAAA